AUGGGCCCCUCCCCUAGGCUCUGUGGUUGUCCUCCUCUUUGGUCCGGGCUUGCAAGGGCGUCGAGGUGCUCUAGGAGAUACGGAAGCCGUGCGCACGGUAAUCGUUGCCUGUUUUGGAUGUGCGCUGUGUGCAAUGAUAGCUAUUUAUUUUUUGGAGGGGACAACCCUUCACUGACACGAGCUGCAGCUGCCAGCGGGUCUCUGCUCUGGAUGCGAUCAACUCGCAGCUUGUUUGCACCAGCGGGUGCUUUCGCCACUUUGGCCGUUGAUGAAUCUUUACCACGACUACCUGCUGUGCGAGACUGGCAAUGGGUGGCCGAGGGAGUGCAGUUGAUACUGAUCCCGGCAAUCUGUGGGUCCCUUUUUUUGUUUGCAUCUCAAUCGGUGGCCGUAUGGCUGCGGACAACCUUUGCAUUGCAAGAACCACUCUCUUUGCAAGACACAUGGCUCGUUGGAGAACUUCGGAAUGCCUUCCCAUCACUACCAAAACGGGACCUGUCAAAGCUGUUGAAGCAAGCAGAGGAGGUGUUCUAUCCUUCGAAAUCAAUCCUGACAGAGCAAGGAUCCAACAACAACUAUCUAUGGUUGGUGAUCUCUGGAAAAUUGCUGGUGGAGGUCAGUGGACAGGUGGCUUCAACGCUGGAGCGAAAGGCAAUCGUUGGGGAGGUCACUUUCCUCGAUCCUCGUGAUAAGCUUGCUACUGCUACUGUCUACGCAGCACCCAAUGGAGCUAGGACUUUGCGAUGGCAGCAAGAAAAGCUGCGGGCAUUUUGUGAAUACGAGAACCUGCUUGGAGAGAAAUUGAUGGCAGCGAUCUCUGAAGAGUUGAUCGAGAAGAUGGUUCGGGGUCGUGGAGCAGGGCGAAGAUCACCCGAGGAAUCUCUCAAGCUGUUGAUCCAGCUGCGAAGAGCAUUCCCCCAACUUGGCAUGGCAGAAGUUCCCCGCUUUUUAAAAGUCGGAGAGAAUAAAGAAUACUACAAAGGUGAUCUGUUGACUACGCAAGGAGAACGAAACGAAUACUUGUGGUUGCUCCUUUCAGGGACGCUCAACGUGAUUGUCGAUUCUCAAAUGGUGGCUCAGCUGUCUGAGGGUGCGCUGAUUGGCGAGGCAACCUUCCUCGGUUUCGCAGAAGAUGGCAAAGCCACUGCAACCGUUUGCUCAGACGAGCCAGAG